CGCCCGUGUGUGCUCUUGCAGGCGGACCAGGACCCCAACGCCGCCUCGCUGCUCGACGUCUUCGACCACUGGCUCAAAUCCCCUGCAGGGAAGAAACGGAAGGUUGUUCCUAAUGGACCUUCCUCAAAGAAAGAAUCUUCUAGUAGUGAGAGCUCCAGCGAUGAAGAUGAGGGGCCUCCAGCCAAGAAGCCAGCUGUUAAGCGAACCCCUGUGCUCAAGGUGUCUGUGAAGGCAGACACAGCCAAGAAAGCAGCCAAGAAACAGCCUUCUUCAGCCAAGAAAGCAGAGAGCAGCAGUGAGGAUUCCAGUGAUGAUUCAGACUCUGAGGAAGAGGAGAAGAAGCCAGCACAGAAGGGAGCCAAGCCCCAAGCCAAGCCAGCCAAUCACAAAACUCAACCCCAGAAGAAGAAGAAGAAGAAGAAGAAGAAGAAAGAAAGCUCCAGUUCAGAUUCUAGCAGCUCAGAGGAUGAAACUCCAAAGCAGCAGACUCCAAAGCCAGUAGCAGCUAAAACAGCAGGUAAAUCAGGAAGUAAAGCUGCCCGGGUGACCCCCAAAGUGGCCAAUGGCAAAGCAGAAAGCAGCAGUAGCAGCAGCAGUAGUAGUGAGGAUUCCGAUAAGGAAAAGGCAGCACCAGUGAAGAAGGCCAUUCCCAAGAAAACAUCCAAGAUAUUCAAGCCUGCAGCUGCUCAGGCACCCGCAGGUAAAACUAAAGUCCCUGCCAAAGAGAGCUCCAGCAGUGAGGAUUCUUCUGACAGUUCAGAGGAUGAAAAGCCAGCCUCAAAAACUAAACCUAAGCCAGCUCUAUACAGUGCUGUGCCGCCUCCUCAAACAGCACUGUCAAAGAAAGGUGGUGUUGCAAAGGCACCUGGGAAAAAGGCCGAGAGCAGCGAUUCCUCAGAUAGCAGCUCAGACAGCAGUGAUGAAGCAGACAAGACUCCCAAGAAGGGAGCAGCAGCCAAAGCAGCAGCAGUUAAAACGCCCCCUACCCCAAAACCUGCAGCUGUGGCCACCAAGAAAGCUGAAUCCAGUUCAGACAGUGACUCAGAUUCCAGCUCUGAGGAAGAGAAGAAGGUAGUGAAGAAACCCUCUGUUAAGUCACCUUCAACAACGGGUCCUGCCAAACCAGCAAAGGCUGCUGCCAAGACAGGACAAGCAAAGAAAGGCUCCAGCUCAUCCUCAGACAGCUCAGAUUCUGAAAGCUCUGAGGAUGAAGCCCCUGCAAAGCCUUCAGUUAAACCAGUUCCACCGGCAUCCAAGAAGUCUCCUGCUGUUGCAAAGAAAGCACAAAGCAGCUCUGACUCGGACAGCAGCUCCAAGGAGGAGAAGAAAGCCCCUCCAACUAAGCCAGCAGGGAAAGCAGCCAAACCAGGGUCCAAACCCUGUACCCCAGGACCCAAGGCCAGCAGCUCAGACUCUGAUAGCUCAAGCAGCGAGGAGGAGCAAAAGAAGCCAGCCAUGAAAUUGGCCAGCAAACCAGCAGGGAGUGCUAGAGUACCGGUGAAGAAGAAAGGAGUGGCUGCAAGCAAUACCAGCAGCUCCUCUGACAGUUCCAGUGAUGAGGCAGAGAAGCUGAAACCUGCAGGGACUCCUGUCGCUGGUUUGAAAGCAAAAAAAGAGGCACAGAACAACUCCAGCAUUGGGAAGAAGAAACCAAAGUCUUCAUCCACUCCUGUAGCCAAAUCGCCAACUGUGAAGAAGCCAGCUGGCAUCAGCAAUAGCAGCAGCAGUGAGAGCAGUUCUGAGAGCACCGAUGAGGAGAAGGGAAAAGCAAAUGGAGGUCUUGCUAAGAAGAAGCGGGCGAGGGAAGAUGACCAAGAGUUGGCGACACCAGAGAAUAAGAAUAAAAAAUCCAAGCAUAAGACACCCCAUUCCUUUCCCAAAGUAAAGCAGCCUUCUUCUCCAUUUCGAAGAGUGAGAGAAGAAGAGAUCCAGGUGGAUAACCGCGUAGCUGACAACUCAUUUGAUGCAAAGAAAGGAGCUGCGGGCGACUGGGGUGAGAGAGCCAACAACGUCCUGAAAUUUACCAAAGGCAAAUCCUUCCGACACGAGAAGACAAAAAAGAAAAGGGGCAGUUACUGCGGAGGCACUAUUUCUACCCAAGUCAAUUCCAUCAAGUUUGAAAGUGACUGAGCUGCAUGUGACUGGGGAGCUCAUAACCCAUGUGCCCACCACAGUCCCUUAAGUGGGCGUGUGAAAAGACUGGACACAGUUGGCAUCAAUCCUCAAGGACUUAACCUUCCCUAUCCCUCACACUAGGGCUGUGGGAGAGUGGCUGGACUCCCACACCAUUACUAACUAAUUCUGACCUUGGCCCUGGUAAGAGCCUUAGGGCUGGUGGCACCAGACUAUGGCCUGGUAACCAUCAGGGUUAUAUGGCUCAUUCUGUACAGUUUUAUUUUAAAAGGUUGGCAGUGUCCUGGAUUUCAGACCCCUGCCUAUUGUGUAAAACAAAGGAUUUCUAUUUUCUGUAAGUCCCCUUUUCUCAGCCAGUGUUAAGUCUGUGAAAUUUAAAGUACUGUAAUUUGCUUGUGGCCAAGGAGGAAAGGCCAGUGGUUAGAGCUUUCAUUGCUGCGUGCCCCCACCGUUAAAUGGAAACUGAGUGGGGGAAGAGGGGACAGACACCCAACAGAGUUCUUCUCUUCUUCCGUCCUUAACGGUCCCACUUUGCAAUGACCUUUCUACCUUUUGAAGAAAUCCUGUGGGUGCUGCUAGGCAGAGUACACCAGGGUGUCAAACUUGCCUUGCACUCCAAGUUGGAUUGGAACCAUGGGGCUCCUUGCAGGCUGAAGCCAGCCCAGGAUGUGGGGUGGUUCCAGACCAGGGCAAAUGGCAGCUUCAGUUUUGACCUGCGUGCAGUGCAGCUCCAACCCCUGCUGCAUGCCUGGAGUCAGAGCUACUGCCCUGCCACCAUCCCAUGCCAUGGCAACAGCUCUAACUUUAGCACAGGGUGGUAGCUGGGCCAAGGGCUAAGGAGCUAAGGCUGCAGAAGUGGCGACAGGCAAAGUGGCUGAAUGGCAACGGGUUAUAUCAGCCUGGCACGCCUUCCUGUUGCCUAUCACCCUGUCCAUGAGGGCCCAAGAUCCCCAGAUUCUGUAGUGGGCCAUUCCCCCUGGAUGUGUCUCUCCCCUCCCCACUUCCACUAGUAGUCUGGCAUAUUUGAUAUCCCUGGGGAAGGCAAAGCGCUAAAAUGCUCUUUCUUCCAUGGCCUGUUCUCCAACCUGGAAAUUCAAGAUUUGGAGCUAUAGGGCUUUCCCCACCUUCGUGCCACAUGGGGACUAAGGCCAGGAGCUGCAAGUCCUGUAGUGCUUUUUUGGAGGGAAUUGCCAGUCAAGAGAAGAUGUGAGGAAAUGCCUGGUUACCUGCUGACUCUCAGAUAAGUCUGUGGCUCAAGAGAAGGGAUAAAAAGAUGAAGCAGGUAAAAGCAUCAGGCCAUGCCUCCCACCUUGCCCAGCCCUCUUGCUAUAGAAGCUGUGCUGUGUCACCUUCAGGAAUCUGAUUCACCAGGACAUGCUUUAUCCCAGCAGUGUGCUGUACAGCCCAUGAGGGAAGUGACAUGAAUGUAACUUAAUCUGCCUUAAACUUCUUCCCCUAGCUGGUUUGUUCUCUGGGGGUUAGUUCCUGUCUAUGGCACCUUUCUGAAGUAAAACUCCAGUUGCCUUUCCCUGAGUAGCGACACAUUGGCAUGGAAUCAGUGCAAAAGUUAACAUCCUGUCCUCAAGCAAAAUCCAGGCAAGUUGCUGCUUGAGGUCCCACUCCCCCAUGCAAUUUCUGCAACUCAUAACUGCUUGAUCUCUGGCAUUGGAUGCCAAAGAGAGGUGUAACCCUGGGCUUGGUUUCUAUCCCUUGUGUUCCUUUCCAGCAGAAUGGGGCCCCUCCUGUUGCUACAGGAAGUUAGAUCUGAGAAGCAGUACCAGAUAAUUGAGCGUUGGAGGGGUGACUAAGUUACCACCAUGCACAUAAGCUUCAGCAUGUGGAAAGUAAUAUCUCUCAGCACCUCCCCUUGAUGCUUGCACAAGAAGUCAGAUUGUUGGCUUCUAUGCAGUAAUGUAGAUGGGCUCAGGAAACCAUGGCUAUUAUAGCAUUUAGAGACCGAAGGAGGGGGAAAGAGGAUGCUUUUUGCCUCCUUUGUGGGGUGACUUUUAGAGCAGUCUCAGCUACUUGUCAAGACCUUGCUGUCCUCCUUAUCUGGAAGUUCACAAACCUGUGAUGGUUAAACUUUUUAUUUUAAGAUUUGGGAGGUGUUUUAUGUAUGAGCAAGUAUCAUACAUAAAUAAAGACAAUUUGUAAAUUGUG